AUGCCAAACCAGAAGCUAGUAACUGGACAGUCAGUUGUGAGUAACAAAAACGCCUCAGACCCCAGCGAAGGCUCGUAUAUCGCAGAGAUACAGGCCAGUGGAUCAGUCGGAUACAUGAGCAUCGGUUCCAAGAAAAAGCAGCCUUACAUGUUGUGGAGCUUCGUCGGAUCACAAAUUGGCUCGCCCAGUGUAACCUGCCCAGGAUUUCGAACUGCUCUUUCAUUCACGCCAGCAGGAGAAAUGAGCAUGGUAUACGAACCUAUUCGUGUUGGUGGUAACGAACAGCCGUGUGGCUCUCCACUGUCCGGGGAAAUAUUCCCAGGGAACACCACAAUGAGGUAUUUCCAGCUUGCCGAUGAUGGGACCAUGGUUUCAUACAGGCGAGAGUUGGCAAAUGGAAGCUGGGAGCUCGAUAGCACGAGUCAGUUCUUUCCACCGCCAGCGCCAUGCGGGAGCUAUGGGCUGCUCGAGAAAGGAAAGCAGUGUCAGUGCCUGACCAACGAAGCAAACAACUCUACUACCUCAGCACUUGGAAGUUGUGCCCAGCCAGAAUGGUCUUCUCUUGCAAACUGCAGCUCCAGGUACGAGACCGACUUUGUAACACUCGCAGGUGCAUCGUACUUCGCCAACACUUUCAACCCUCCCGAUAGAACAGGCGCUGCAAUGCAAGAUUGCCUCGAGCAAUGCAAAUCCACUUGCUCCUGUGCGGCGUUCUUUUUCGACCAGGCGCUCCAGAAUUGCUUUUUCAUAGAAGACGUCCUGGGAAGCUUGACGGUAGACUCGAACAAGACUCAGCAACUGUUCGGCUUUCUGAAGUACCAGAAUUACUCCAGGUUAGUGCCUGUUGACAACUCAUCGUCAGACACUCCAAAGCUCCUAGUGAUCGGAAUUACCUCUGCAGGAGCUGCUGUAGCCAUUGUAACUUUUGCGUUGCUUUUCACGAUCCUGCAUCGAAGGAGGGUCAUGCUCGACGAACUAAACAGUUUCCUUACCGGUGUACAAGCUUCGCCUUACAGGUUCUCGUUCAGCAGCCUAUACUCUGCAACAAAAGGAUUCACAAAGGUUUUAGGAAGCGGAGGUUGCGGCACAGUGUACGAAGGAAUGCUUCACAACGGGAUGAAGCUGGCAGUGAAGAAACUCAGCACACAGCAUGGACAAAAGGAGUUUGUAACAGAAGUCUCGGCUCUGGGAAACAUAAGCCACAUCAACAUUGUCAAACUCUAUGGCUUCUGUGCCGAUGCUUCACACAGGCUGCUCGUCUACGAGCUCAUGCCCAAUGCUCGCACAAAUUCUCCUGGGAUCGCUCGGCUUGUUGGCAUGCAAACUUGGCUCCAACCGAAUAAGAUUUCCGCAAAAAAGUCUCUUUCAUGUCAAGCUCAAGUUCUGGGAAUCAAAAACAACAAUCCAUUUGCCCACGGUCAGAAAGUAACUCAGACUCCCUCUGUCUCUCAUGCGCGAGUACGCAAUAGCUGCGCCAGCACCUCACGACCGCUCCUGUUUCUCCUGCAACUGUAA